GCUGGGGCUGAGAUCGGGGCUGCGCCGCGGCGGAGUCCCUGCUGUGUCCGGGGCUGGGAGCGGAUCCGGGACCGGGAUCAAGAUCGGGACUGGCGCUGGAACCAGGACCGGAUCCGAGACCGGAGCUGGAACCAGGACCUGGGCUGGGGCUGCGACUGGGACCGGGGCUGCGCCGCCAGCGGCCCCGCGGCACUGGCUGGGCAGCACCGGCACCGGCGACACGGGGGAGCGGAGCGGCCGGUCCUGUCCUGCCAUCCGCUGCCUUCCUCUGCCCUGCCCACCCUCCUCCUCCGUGCCCUCCCCGCCGGCAGCGCCCUGAGCACGGCGCGGCGAUGGGCUGAGAGUGCCGGGCACGGCGGGGCCCCGGUGGCGGCAGGAUGAGGGGGGGCUCGGAGGGCAGCGGGGAGGGCGAGGGGCUCUCGAGCCUGCGGGCCUUCGCCCACAGCUCCUCGCUGCACGGCAUCAGCCACGUCUUCGCCUACGGGGCCGUGUCCCUGCGCCGCGUGCUCUGGGGCGGCUUCUUCCUGGGCUCACUGGGGCUGCUGCUGCUCGUGUGUGCCGAGCGCGUCGCCUACUUCCUCACCUACCCCCACGUCACCAAGCUGGACGAGGUGGCUGCCCGCAACCUCACCUUCCCGGCCAUCACCAUCUGCAACCUCAACGAGUUCCGCUUCUCCAAAAUCACCCGCAACGACAUGUACCACGUGGGCGAACUGCUGGCGCUGCUCAACGAGCGCUACGAGAUCAGCAACCCGCAGCUGGCCGAGCCCCACGUCCUGGCUGCCCUGAGGGACAAGGCCAACUUCAAGAACUUCAAGGCGAAGCCCUUCAGCAUGGCUGAGUUCUACAACCGCACCGGCCACGACCUGGCCGAGAUGCUGCUGCAGUGCACCUUCCGUGGCACCGGCUGCACCGCCCGCAACUUCACCGUGAUCUUCACACGCCUGGGGAAGUGCUACACGUUCAACCCGGGGGGGCCGGGGCGCGAGGUCCUGACCACACUGCAGGGGGGCUCUGGAAACGGCCUCGAGCUCAUGCUCAACGUGCAGCAGGAGGAAUAUCUGCCUGUCUGGGGGGACACAGACGAGACAUCGUUCGAGGUGGGGGUGAAGGUGCAGAUCCACAGCCAGGAAGAGCCGCCCUUCAUUGACCAACUGGGCUUUGGUGUCGCCCCCGGCUUCCAGACCUUCGUCUCCUGCCAGCAGCAGCGGCUCGUGUACCUGCCCCCCCCGUGGGGGGACUGCAAGGCCACCCCCAUCGAGUCCGACUUCUUCACCAACUACAGCCUGACCGCGUGCCGCCUGGACUGCGAGACGCGCUACCUGGCCGAGAACUGCAACUGCCGCAUGGUGCACAUGCCGGGCAACGCCAAUGUCUGCACCCCGGAGCAGUACAAGGAAUGUGCUGACCCCGCGCUGGACUUCCUGGUGACGAAGGACAGCGAGUACUGUGCGUGCCGCACACCCUGUGCCAUGGUGCGCUACGGCAAAGAGCUCUCCAUGGUGAAGAUCCCCAGCAAGGCCUCGGCCAAGUACCUGGCCAAGAAGUUCAACAAGACAGAGCAGUACAUCGCGGACAAUGUGCUGGUCCUAGACAUCUUCUUCGAGGCGCUGAACUACGAGAUGAUUGAGCAGAAGAAGGCGUACGAGGUGGCAGGGCUGCUGGGUGACAUCGGGGGGCAGAUGGGGCUCUUCAUCGGCGCCAGCCUCCUCACCAUCCUGGAGAUCUUUGAUUACCUGUACGAGGUGUUCCGGGACAAACUCCUGAGCCUGUACAAGGAGAAGAAGCGAAGCCCCCGCAGCGACGGCGGCACCCUGGAGCACCCGGCGAUCCCGGGCAGCCCUGCGGCCCCGCGGCCACCCAGAGCGCCCGGUCCUCCCUGCGUGGCCCCACGCCCCGUCUCGGCGUCACCCCGAACCUGCUACCUCGUCACCCGGCUCUAGGGCCCCCCCGGGACCCGCCGCGGAGCCCAACCCGCUCCCCCGCCGGCCGGGGGGCCGGGGGGGCACCCCCGGGUCACAGGGCAGCCUCCUGUUCCCCCCCGCCC